ACGUGGGGGCUUCCCCUGCCAGAGCUUCCUUCUGCGAGCCACACGUGGGGCUGUGUGGGGGCUGCAUCCUGCAGCGAGUGGCUGCCUGGCUCCCCAUCCCCGCUCACCCCCGGUGCUCGUGGAGUAAAAGGUCUCGCUUCCAGGGCACGCUGGCACCAUCAGGCCAGGCAGCCAGGCUGUGGGCUCACCUUGCACAGGGGGUGCCGUGCCUCAGUUUCCCCUUCUCCAGAAGUCAUCCUGUGCCUGUAGCAGCAGCUGCGGGGAUGCCCACACGUCCUUGUUCGCAGCAGGCUGAGCUGUGGGGAUGUGCAGGGACAGAACGGGGCCGCGCUCACGCCUGCGCCCGCGGGAGCUGCCUCUCCUGCUCCGUUCCUGCUCCAGGUGCUCAAGGGGAGGCGCGAAGGCUCUGCCGCACGCCCGCCUGGGCUCCACGAGGGGCCGGUCCCCUCCCUGCUCGCAGGGCUUGCACGCAGCAGCCUGCACGUCGCCGGGGAAGUGCCCGCCGCCCCGGCUGGGCAGGUUCCUCCGGCCGCACCGUGCAGCCAGAGCCGCGGCCAGGUCCCACGGCCGGGCACAGGAGCGAGCCCAGGCGGCUGCGGGAGAGGCUCUGCUGCCAGCGCCACCCCCCCGGCUCCCAGUGUGUCCCCAGGCUGUGCCCGGUGGCAGAGAGGAGACCGAAGGACCUGGCUCGGAGCUGCCCGGCCAUGGCCAACGAAGAGGAGCAUCCGUCAGCGCUCUCAGACAAGCAGGUCUUUGUGCUGACGUGCAUCUACCUGCCGGCCCUGCUGCUCAGCCUCGUGGGCAGUGCCUCAGUCCUCGCUGUCACCUCCCGGCGCAGGCGGUGCUGCCACAUCCAGCUUCGCCCCCUGUUCCUGCUGGCCCUGGCAGAUUUCCUGGCUGCCGCCGUGCUGCUGAGCACAGCCACCAUCCAGCUGCUGCCAGCCCCGCUCUUCAUCCCGGCGUACGCCGCCUGCCCCUACGGACUGAUGCUGGCCACGACCUUCUAUGCAGUCUCAUUCCUGAUGGUUGUGGUCUAUGCGUACGAAGCCUACCGCGCCAUCCACGGCUGGAGAGCGUGGCACGUGGCAGCUCUGCAGGAGAGGAGUGGGUGCCUGGAGAGCGCGUGGCGGGGUCUGCCCUACAUCCUGGCCUGGCUGCUGCCGGCGCUGACGCUGCUGGGCCAGCUGAUUGCCCGCGGCACCUCCCUGACCGACAUCGCUCCCAAACCCAUCCAGCCCAGCGUGCCGUCCAACCGCUCCAACGAGACCUACAGCCUGUACUGCUCCAGCUGCCUGCUCCUCAUCCGCCGUUCCCAGGAUCUCUGCUACCAGUACGUAGGUAGGAAGGACGUGGGCCUGGAGGGGAAAAUCAUCUUCAUCCUGUACCUGCUGCUGGUGCUCAGCUGCUGCACGCUCCUGUACCGCAGGGUGAAGCUCUGGAGCCGCAGGAACGCCGCCGCUCCCCUGCUGGCCCUGGAGAAGGACGGCUUCGCAGGCAGGAGCAUCCGCAGCGUCAGCAGGGUCUCGCACUACUUCCAGCUGGUUUUCCUGCUCUGCUGGGCGCCAGCCUUCCUCCUCACCAUCCUCUCCUUCACCAGCAUCAAACCUGCCUCGGUCUUUGCCCUCUAUGUUGCUACAGCCCUGAGCACGUCCCUGCAGGGCUUCCUGCACAGCCUGGCCUACGGCUGGCUGAGACGAAAUUUCCGCCGGGAGGCAGUGGGCCCGCGGCCCUCCCUGCAGCACCCCCGGGGCCUCCAGGGCUUCUACGACGAGUCCCUGGGGGCCCUCCCCUAGGGUGACACCCCCGGGGUCCCGCUGCGCCGAAGCCUCCGCACGAUUUGCACAUCCCCAGCGGCUCCCCGCAGCGGGGCAGGACCUCGUGGACCCCUCCGUGCCUGGAAAUGGUCACGCAGCGAGUCACUGGCACGGGACAGGGUCCCCUGGGUGGGUUUCCAACCACGGUGGUGGCAGUGACGCUGCUGUGGUGGGACAUCUGCCCAGAGACCCUGCCUGCAGCGUGCAGACAUCGAACCCAGGCGCUGCACGAGAGCACGACCGCGGCUUCCUUCCUUCAGACACAAACCCCCCGGCACGGCGCUGCGCCGGGGCCACGGCUCCGCAGCCAUUUCCUCCGCCUGCGCCGCUGCUGCCCCCGUCCCAAGGCAGCACCGAGCUGCUCCUGGUGCUCUCACGGCCCACUGCAGAGCCAAAUGCUCCGAGCAGCAAGGGCUCAGCCCACAGAAGCUCCAGCGGUUUGCUAUGGGGGGCUCGUGGGGUGAGGAUGCACCCCGGUGCCGGGGGGAGGUUGGCAGCCCCCAGCCCUUCCA